CAGUGGUGGGCUGGCAUGUAUAGUUAUGUUCAAGUCUAACAAUACUGAUAAAACUGAUUACAGUCCACUGAUACGGGAGGAUGCUGAUAAUGACCUACUUUGCUUCGGAGGUGACGGUACAAGCCUGCAAAUGGCAACGCUUCUCUCUGGAGAGGAUCCGAAUCGCCAUGUGACUGUAAUGUCAGUUGGAAGCACUUGUGAACGUGAACAAGUAAACGAUGAAGACGAUUGUGAAGGACAAUACAACAUCGAUGAUACACAGGCUACAAGUAGUCGGAAGGGUGCGGUGUAUUGUAGCUCCACUUUAUUGUGCUAUGCCCUCUCGGUGCUGAUGACCGCAUCAUUUACAUCGAUUGUGUGUAUCUUGUUAUUCGGGAAUGCCAAUACAGCGACGGAGAUUAAAUACGUGGUCUCCGGCUACCAACCAUCCGCUGUUCCUAUCGCAUCGGGCUCGCUUUCAAAUCUGAUAGUCGGUAUUACAGAUGGUAUGGGACCGUCGUACGCGACUUUGGCACGCAUAUUGAAGCAAUACGACAACAAGGAGGAUGUCCACAAUACGUACACAAACACCAGUCUAAGUUUCGACUGCGACCUCAUUGGUCAACAACGUACGCGCUCGUACGAUUCAUACAUAACGGACUCAGCCGCGGCCGCAUCAGCGCUGGCCUCAGGGCAUCGCACAAACAAUCACUGGAUUGGUGUUCUGCCGAAUCUGACCAAUGUUGCACCGGUAUUCAGUGCAAUCAAGAACCAGAAGAAUAUGCAUAUUGGGCUGGUGGUGAAAAGUAGUGUCACGCAUGCAACGCCAGCCGGAUUCUACGCGCACACCAUCGAUAGAGGCAAUGAGUAUUUGAUAGCUGACCAGGCCUUAGAUUUUGAGCCCGAUGUGCUGCUAGGAGGCGGUAGGGACUACUUUGAGAACCGUCCCGUGGCAUACUACUCGUCCACUAAAGCCAUACAUAAUAGGUCUUCUUUAAUACCAGACUUUGAGGGGAAAGGGUACAUUAUAGUCUACAAUAAAAAGGAUCUACUGGCGUCAGAUCCCAACGCCGGUAAGAGAGUGCUGGGUCUAUUCGCAGGCGGUGCAAUGAAGUUCAGUAUCGAUGGCGACAGAGAGAGCGCAGCCCCAGAUCUGCUAAUAAUGGUACAGUGUGCGGUAGAUGCACUGGAGGCCAUGUCAAAAGCUUCGGGAAAGCCGUAUGCGCUUAUGCUCGAGGCGAGUCUGAUAGACUGGGCAGGCCAUAUAAAUGAUGGUGCAACAAUUGCGAGAGAGGUCCUGGAAUGGGAGAAGGUAUGGUCCUACUUGAAACAACGAGUGUGGGACCAAGACCGGGUGCAAAAGCAGGAUGCACGAGCCGAGACUGUGACCAACACACAGACAGGAACUCCGAGCACUUCGCCAUUCUCACUGCGACUGCUGGCGACAUCCGAUCACGAAACGGGUGGGUUGACUAUCGGUGCCAACGGAUUGGAAACAUUCGACGUUGCUGCACUGGCCAAUCAGAAGUCAUCGUUCAGUACCGUCUACUCCCAGCUGGCAGCGCAUCGGUGGUCAGAGUACCCGCAAUCUCGCAAGGAGGCAAUGGCGUAUGUUACGGGACUAGCGAGCGAAGCACUGGGAAUUCCGGUGUCUCAGUUUACAGAGGAAGAUCUAGAAUGUCUGUACUCUCCGCUCCCACCAAUUUCGCCCGACCACGCGCCCUCACCUGGUCAGCGCAGUUUUUCGAUCGAUUUAGACUGUAUUCAGAAUGCUCGAGUACAUACCGCAUAUACCACCAAUGGACACACAGGCGCGGACGUGAAUGUUUAUGCGUAUCCGCCACUUGAUCCUAUAUUUAAUAGCUUACGAGGUGUGGUCGAUAAUUUUGAUAUCGCCUGGUGGAUGGCAUCACAGUGGGAUGUGGAUAUGAGUUCUGAGCGAGAAAGAGUAGCCCUUAUACCUAAUGGUUCCGGGUGAGCGCACUCUCUGCUUGUCAAAGGCAAUCGUCGCUAAGGAGUUAAAGAGAUAUAUUCAUUGAUCACAAAUCAUGCAGAACAGACUCGUGAACCGCCGAUCUUGUUGAAGCGAUCAGAAGUGGAACAUGAGAACACUCUCACUCCUGUAGAAAGGAUAACGAUCACGAUUCACUUUAAAAAAAUCCAGCUGGGCUAAAACAUGAGUACUACUCCAACCUUUUACGCCUGGCAACUGGAAAUAAUUUCAGUUGUAAUACUUUGCUAUGCUGCCUGUCAGCUUGCAUCAUAGGUGUUCCUUCUAUCAUUGCCUGGAAGCAAAGGCGUUUCUUCACCAUCAUCCAUGUCAAGAUUUUGUAGGCUGUGUGCUGUUGGUGCAUCGUAUGUCUCCUCCGAGACACUCGGUAAGUCCCAGCUGGGUGCAGCUGGUGCCGUAAAAUCGCGCGAAGUGACUUGUCGUAACCUCCAGCUUGAUCGUCUCUGGAGAUGGAGGAAGUACAGCAGAUGUAGGCAAGGCUGAAGGGAUCAGGAAAUGAAGAAACAAGGCCACGAUAUCAUGGCCUCCUAUAUGGAACAGAAACUCGGAAUGACACUGCUUCGCGUAAUCAAAAUUUUGCUGGCGGUUUACCCUUAGAUCUGCGAGGUUGUGUUGUUCUGGCCCCUUUUUAGUUUCGAUAAUCGCCCAAUCGAUUAACAGACCUGCAAUUGCAAGAGAAGUAUCAGUCAAGUGAUUCUGGCAAACCUCCACUCUUGGAAUUUUGGCAAUUUGAGGUGGGAUGCUCUUGUGCCGGAUAAAUGACAAGUAGACGGUGAAAACACAGCAGAACGUGCAAGGACGCGUUGGGAAACUUCUGAUUUUCACUCCUGCUGCUACCUGAAAGGUGUGUUAGAUGCAUAAUAAGCAGCCUCAGAAGGGAGUUGAGUGCAGCGAAUGAUUCAGCUUCGUCAGCGUUGAUACCGGCGCGGAUAUUAUUCUCCUGUGAUCAGGUCAAGUUGCGUCCAUAGAAGUGAAGGAUGAGUACGACAGAAUGCAUAUCAGAUUCAAACUUCAUCAGGAAAAGCAAAUAGGCGGAAUUAACCUGAAUAACUUCUACAAUCCUUAUGAUAUACCUUAUACAGUCCGCUCAAAGCUAUAUAAUCGGACUCUACUCUGCGGAUAUUUUCCGUGAGUCGCUCGCUAGCGACAAUGGUAUUCGUUUCGCCGUGAAUGCCUUUGAUUACAUCGGCGGAACACGAGAAAGACAACUUCAAUGAUCCCAUAACCUGUGUGCGACAUAAAAAGAGGUUAGCGUGAGAAACCCAUCACGAAUAUACGAACAAUCAUGAAGCAUGUCCUCUCUUGGUAAUCUGUAGUUCAUCGAUACAUAAGAUAUCUCUGAGAGUGUUCAACGAAACUCAAACCAACCUUGAUAACAGCUUGUUUCAAUUCAUCACUCAGACCAAUGGGUCUGAUCGUCGUCGAGGUUCGCGUGCGUAAUAUGUUGGGGGCUUGAGUAUUCUCUCUCGUCGUCGCCAAGGAUGAGAUAUUAACAUACGUUGCCGCAGUAUCAUCCACCUCGCCUGUUGCCUGCGUACAGUGAUACGUUAAUAAUUGUUGGGAUCUGAACUCGCGCCAUCAAAUGGAGGCGGACCAUGCUCUUGGAAUAUAGAGGAAACGUUCAAAUUUAAAAGUAGACGCUUGUGAACAUAUAUGCGACAGCGAUAACAGACUUUGAUUACCUCGAUAGCGCUUAUGAAAUAUAGGGUUGCCGUCGUAUAAAAU